AGCGGUCAACAUUGUUGUCCCCUAUUUGCACCUGGGCGUUGGAAGCAGGAUGUCAGGGUGUUGUACUCUCAAACCAUGGUGGCCGGCAACUCGAAUACGCCCGUUCGGGUAUUGAAGUUCUCGCCGAAGUUGUGGAUAAGUUUAAAGAAAAGGGGUUGUGGCCUAACCCAAACUUCCAAAUAUUUGUAGAUGGAGGUGUGAGAAGGGCCACAGACGUAUUGAAGGCAGUUGCGCUAGGUGCUACAGCUGGUCGUCCUUUCCUAUAUGCCAUGUCAUCAUAUGGAGAAGCAGGAGUUGAUAGGGCUCUCGAAAUCCUUCAUGAGGAGCUAGAGAUGAAUAUGCGCUUGCUUGGAGCUACCACCAUCGCAGAUGUAGUCCCCGAGAUGGUUGACGCCAGGUCUUUGUGUUCCCAUAGCGCCCCACCUUACGACGAACUAUACAUGGCUAACUCUCUGCUGCCAUCCUUGGCAAUGUCUGGUCAGGGUAAACCGAUUGUACUCCCGCAAACACCGUCCCGUACACCAGUAACUCGCACUCGAUCCCAACGGUCGCGCCUCAAGUUACACAGUCCACUCAAACAUAAUCGCCCAGUUUUACAACCAUCCAACAGUAACAAAACGCCCUCAACCGUACCAACCUCCUCAUUCACUUUUGCUGUUGAUCACAAGGCUCACACCCUUAUGCCUCCUCGAGCAGCGUCCACAGCCUCGCAAGGAGCCGCCAAGAAAAAAACAACAAAGACUACUCGUUCCAAUGUUGCGAAAGGGAAGG